AUGACCGGCUCCGCGGCCGACACCCGCCGCUGCCCGCACCCCAAAAGCGCCAAAGGCACCCGCUCCCGGAGCAGCCACGCGCGGCCCGUGAGCCUCGCCACCAGCGGGGGCUCCGAGGAGGAGGACAAAGACGGCGGGGUGCUCUUCCACGUGAACAAGAGCGGCUUCCCCAUCGACAGCCACACCUGGGAGCGCAUGUGGGUGCACGUGGCCAAGGUGCACCCCAAAGGGGGAGAAAUGGUGGGCGCCAUCAGGAACGCCGCCUUCCUGGCAAAGCCUUCAAUACCCCAGGUUCCAAACUACAGGCUGUCGAUGACGAUCCCAGACUGGCUCCAGGCAAUCCAGAACUACAUGAAGACACUACAAUACAAUCAUACAGGGACCCAGUUCUUUGAAAUUAGAAAAAUGAGGCCACUGAGUGGGUUAAUGGAAACAGCGAAAGAAAUGACUCGCGAGUCCUUGCCUAUUAAAUGCCUUGAAGCUGUCAUCCUGGGCAUAUAUUUAACCAACGGACAGCCUUCCAUUGAGCGAUUCCCCAUCAGCUUUAAAACCUACUUCUCAGGAAACUACUUUCAUCAUGUCGUGCUGGGGAUUUAUUGCAAUGGCCACUAUGGCUCACUGGGCAUGAGCCGGAGGGCGGAGCUGAUGGACAAGCCGCUGACCUUUCGGACUCUGAGUGACCUUAUCUUUGACUUUGAAGACUCCUACAAGAAAUACCUGCACACAGUCAAGAAGGUCAAGAUUGGGCUGUACGUCCCCCAUGAGCCUCAUAGCUUCCAGCCCAUUGAGUGGAAGCAGCUGGUCCUCAACGUCUCAAAGAUGUUGAGGGCUGACAUAAGGAAGGAGCUGGAGAAAUAUGCCAGGGACAUGAGAAUGAAGAUCCUGAAACCUGCAAGUGCCCACUCUCCAACCCAAGUGAGAAGCCGGGGGAAAUCCCUGUCCCCCCGAAGGAGACAGGCAAGCCCCCCGAGACGGCUCGGCAGGCGAGACAAAUCGCCUGCCCUGCCUGAGAAGAAGGUGGCUGACCUCAGCACUCUGAACGAAGUGGGCUAUCAGAUUCGGAUUUAG